AUGUGCCACUCACCCGGGGCACCCCAGCCCCUCACCUACUCCCUCUGGGGCAGUGGGGACAUUGAGGUCUUCAAGAAGGUAGUGACAACCUCUGACCCAGCCUCCUUCAGCAUCGACAUCAUGCUCAAGUCCAGGCCAGACUGGCUCACCUGCUUCCGCCAGGCGGCCUCCAGCUGGGGCACACAGGCGCCCAGCACCAGGCUGCAGUUGUACGGGAGCUUUCACCCUGCUGGACAGAGGAUCAGGCCCCAGGGUAGAGGUGUACUGCCAGGCAGCCUCAGGCAGCCCACCCAUCACCUACCACCUGGUCGAGAGGGACGAGCACAUCUACAUGUGGCAGAGACCAAACGAUGGGCAGCCUGCCAACUUCUCCUUCCCACUGACCCAGCUGUCGCACUGGUUCCAGUGCCAGGCUGCAAACAACAUCAGUUUCCAGUGCAGCGCCUUCAAGCUGGUGCCCCCAGGACAGCUGCCCCAUGGACCCAUCUUCCUGCUGGCUGGUGUCAUCUUCAUCACAGCUAUGGCUUCUUGGAACCUGGGCUGGAUGAUGUGGAUCAGGUCUUCGCCUUGAUCGUGUUCUCCUGCAUCUUUGGCGAGGGCUACAGCAACACCCACGAGUCCCAACAGCAGUACUGCGUGUUCAACCACAACGAGGAUGCCUGCCGCUACGGCAGUGCCAUCGGCGUGCUGGCCUUCCUGGCCUCCGCCUUCUUCUUCGUGGUCGAUGUCUACUUCCCCCAGAUCAGCAACGCCACUGACCGCAAGUACCUGGUCAUCGGCGACCUGCUCUUCUCAGCUCUCUGGACCUUCCUGUGGUUCGUUGGCUUCUGCUUCCUUACCAACCAGUGGGCAGCCACCAAGCUGGAAGAUGUGCGGGUGGGAGCCGACUCAGCCCGGGCCGCCAUCACCUUCAGCUUCUUUUCCAUCUUCUCCUGGGGUGUGCUGGCCUCCCUGGCCUACCAGCGCUACAAGGCCGGAGUGGACGACUUCAUCCAGCACUACGUGGACCCCACUCCAGACCCCAGCUCGGCCUACGCCUCCUACCCCGGUGGGCCUCCCGACAACUACCAGCAGCCACCCUUCACCCAGAACGCCGAGACGGCCGAGGGCUACCAGCCGCCUCCCGUGUACUGAGCUGCAGCUGGGGCUGGUAAGGGGAGCUGGGAGGGCACCUGGGGGCCUCCCCUCCUCCUGGACUCCUCCUCAGAGGCUUGUCCCCAGAACUGCUGGCCACUUUCGUCCAGCCUGUUGGAGCUGACGCCGGGCCUGGAGAGAGAGCGCCUGCCUCGCCAGCCCCGGCCGCCCAGAGCCCUGGCCUGACCUGCCUGUGCCCCAAGGGCGCCUCAAGGGCAUUUUUUAGGAAAGGGUUUUCAGUUAGACAUGUUCUGUCAUUGCUUUUAAUGAUCCCCAGCCCCGCCCGGAGUAGCUCGAAGUGCCUAACGCGCUGUUUGUCAAGUGCCUUAGCUUCUCCCCAGCCCAAAGGCGCCAGGCCCAGGUCCAGGCCCCACGGCCAUGGUCAGGUCACUUGGGGUUCUCUGCCAAAGACGAGGUGGGGCCUUCCCCCCGUCCUGCUGCCGGCACUGGGCUGGGGCUCCUUCCUCCUCACUCAGGUUCCUUCCUGCCGGCUGCGCCCCCAGCCCCCUGCCUGCUCUGGGAGCCGGCAGCCCUGUGUUCACUGCUGUGGUGUCAGCUUGCUCUUGAUUCUGGGGUCACGACCCCGUGCCAGUGCCUCUGAGCCACCUUCCUGACAGCUGAGGGGCAGGGCUGGUGCCCGCCGCAGGGGGCUCGGGCCACACCUCCCCGUCCCUGCUCCCAGCCCUUGGCCCCUGGGAGGGGCUUUGCCUGACGGACAACACCCAGCUUUAUGUAAAUAUCCUUGUCAGUUAGGUGUGGGGCGCACCCACGGCCCCCAGGCAGUCGUGAAUGUAUUACAAAGCCUUGGGGGAGGACGCACAGCAGCCUUGGAUUCUGUUAGACUAAUUUUGGAGAUGGAAUAAAUGUUUUCCUCAUUCA